UCUCUCUCUCUCUCCCUCUCUCUCAAUGACGGAAACAAAGAGAAAAUUUCCUGAAACAAAUCAAAUAAGGAAGAAGAAGAAAAUAGAGACUGAAGAGAGGGACUGGGCCGAUCUUCCAGUCGACCUUCUUGAAUCGAUCAUAACAUGCCUUUCUUUCACGGACCGUGUUCGUCUCUUCGCCGUCUGCACAACAUGGCGAUCGACCGCUAUCACGGUUUCAAACCGGCAUCAAGAUCAUCACAGGCCGUGGCUCCUGAACGACCUUUUCCUCGUCCGUGAUAUAAGAUGCGCCGAUAGACGCAGAUUCUACAUUCCUUGGCAUAGUUGGAAGUUUUUCGAUCCUUGGAAUAAGAAGUUUUACACCAUCAACGUUCCGGAACUUGUCAGCAUGAGAAUAAUUUGCUCUUUUCAUGGUUGGUUGUUGAUACAUGACGAAUCUACUGCAUCUAUAUUCUUCUUUCAUCCCUUUUCGAAUGCGAGGAUUUGUCUACCAAACUUGGAAUCUAUUAUAGAUGGUGCAUUCUCCUCUUCUCCGACCUCUCCAGAAUGUUCCAUUUUUAUUGUGAACAUGUUUACUCAUACUUUAAUUAGUAUUAGCACUCUUUCUUUUGGAAAGAAGGAAUGGAUUACUCGCUAUUAUACGCACGACCUUCCAUUUUAUCCUACUUGCAGUUGUCCCGUUUUCUGUAAUGGGCUUUUCUAUUAUAUGGGUGUAAGAAGCUUGGGAGCUUUUGAUGUUGAUGAAGGCACUUGGACCGUGUUCGACAAGCCGAGUGGUGUGUUUAAUGGAAAUUUCAUGACUGAGUUAGGUGGGGAGCUCUUUGUGGGGCGCAACCCUAGGUUUCGAAAACUACUUGGAAUUUGCAAACGAGACCGGCCAAGCAUGGCCUGGAUGGAAGAAGAACACUUGGGAGGCUUAUUGUUAUUGAAUUCCUUAACGGCGAGCUUUUCAGCAAUGGCGAUUGUGAAAAGAAAGGAAAACAAUAUCCGAAUUCCGCGACAUAUCACUCACAAUAGAUACCUUAGGGAAACUCUUAGGUCGGAACGGGUCGGUAUUAUUGAGUUUUCCGAUAGCAUUUGGAUUGAACCCAAGUUGUUCCAACCUUCAUCUAAAGAGCUUAACUGGGGUGUGUCAUGAAUCGUAAAGAACACUAUGAAAUAUGUGAGUUUAUUAUUGUUUUUUUUUUUUUUUGGUUCUGUGCACAAAUAAUGUUGCAUUGUGUGUGUGUUCAUUUGUGGUGGCAUUUGUCGUUUGAAUGCUUGUAAAAUUCUUAAGUUGUAAAAGAAUUACAGGUAAUUGGAUUGAGCUGUUUGUAUACUUUCAUUUUCCUAUAAAGGCUCUAUAGGUUUUAAAUACAUUACAACUUUUCUUAUAAUUUAAAACCUAACAAAAAACCAUGUUUCAGAUAACAGAUAAAAAUUUUACAGCUAAAAAGACAUUAUACAUAAUAAAACAUAAUGGUUAAUACAUACAUUAUUAUAAUGUGUAUGACACACUGUAAUAUAUAUGUAAGGUACAUCCCCUCCAUCCAUCAUGUGCUUCCAUUGAUGCUCUCAUAUGGCCCCCAAAAAAUGCUUGAUUGAUAAUCAAAUUGAACACACGAGGACAUAAUGGGACAUCCAUCAAUAGGCCACUUUGAUGGGUGGAGGAUAUUAAUUCCAUCUAGUGCGUGCAUGCUUUAAUCUCUCUUAGGGCCAAUAAAAGAUCAAGUAAUUUUUAUGUGAUUUUUCGAUUUUGGUAGGAUUUAUCGUGCCAAGCUCUAUGUGGUGUCAAUACUUACUUUCUAUAUUGGAAACACUUUACAAGUUAGCCAAACACAUAAUUAGUUUACGUGUAAACAAAUUACCACUUAAAAGCCAAACAAGAUAGCAUGUAAAUUACUUACACUUGAAAUUCUUUUUAAAUGUAAAGUGUUUACAAAUUAAAAUUUUACAAGCAUCCAAACGACUACUAUGCUGUUUCUUUCUCCCACUACGAAGAUCCUGGUUUUUCUCAGGUGAAUUUAGUGUUAUUGCUUUCCCUGGAUUAUGGGAGAAAUUUUCUUUUGUGACCACAUCACAAAAAAUGUGAGGUAUGGUGUUUAGCAAUAAAUGGCGAGAAUUCAAAUCUUUACCUCAAUGCAAAACUUUCCUAAACCUUAAAUAAUUCAUAUUCCAUUCUUCAAAUGGUGAAUGUGGUUGAACCCCCAUUGGAAACCAAACCACCUUAUUGUCAUUCUCAGUUAAGCACGUGGAAUGUGUGACUAAUGGUCUAUUGGAUUAGGGUUAAAUUAGGAGAAUGCAAAGGAAAGCAAACUUGCAACAUAUAGAAGUGCUAGAGAAGCAAACCCUUUGCACUCUUUGUUUUGCUAAAAAAAAAAAAAAGAGUCAAUGUUUUGCCUUUUGCAUUUGAAAAUGUGUUGGUU